UGCGACAGUUUCCCGAGGUGCCUUGCUCUUAGCGGCACAGACGAGAGCUGUGAGAGAAGCAAGAUGGCGGACGUGCUGGAUCUUCACGAGGCUGGGGGCGAGGAUUUCGCCAUGGAUGAGGAUGGGGACGAAAGCAUCCAUAAACUAAAAGAAAAAGCGAAGAAACGGAAGGGCCGCGGCUUUGGGUCCGAAGAGGGGUCCCGAGCGCGGAUGCGAGAGGAUUAUGACAGUGUAGAGCAGGAUGGCGACGAACCUGGACCACAACGCUCUGUUGAAGGUUGGAUUCUCUUUGUCACUGGAGUCCAUGAAGAAGCCACUGAAGAAGAUAUCCAUGACAAAUUCGCUGAAUAUGGGGAAAUAAAAAACAUCCACCUUAACUUGGACAGGCGUACAGGAUACUUGAAGGGGUAUACUCUAGUGGAGUAUGAAACAUACAAAGAGGCUCAGGCUGCCAUGGAGGGACUCAAUGGUCAAGAUUUGAUGGGACAGCCAAUCAGUGUCGACUGGUGUUUUGUUCGGGGUCCACCAAAGGGCAAGAGGAGAGGUGGCCGAAGACGAAGCAGAAGUCCAGACCGGAGACGUCGUUGAUAGAUCUUCUGUUGACCAGGUGGUCUCGCCACGAGUCCAUUUGGUUGUGCUGCCUUGCAUAAAUAGGGUUAGGGUAGAACUUGUGUUUAUAUUUAAUAACUUACCCUAUCUACUUAGUAUUGCUUUGAGUUAAAAAAAAAAAUAAAUGUUUCAUUUUGUUUUCUACAUUUAAAAUUAUUUUAGUGUUCUGAAGACUGAAGAAUUAUUUAGAGUAGGCAUGCUGAGUCAUUGGGAAAUACUUCUGUCUGGAGUCCAAUUCUGAGUUUCUAGGAAGGCUCAGGUAGAGACUCUGCUCAUCAUUUCUUUUCUUAGAAUGACAAGAGAGCAGGGGUAGUGAGAUUUUUUAUGGCAUUAGGGAAUGAUUCCUCCGUACUCUUACUAGCACGUAUUAUAUUAGUGCUUCUUGUGCUUCUCUGUCACAUAGUCUUGUAUAGCCCAGGAUAAUCUUAAACUCACUGUGUAGCCCAGGAUGGCCUUGAUCUUCUGAUACUUUGCCUCUGUCUUCCAGGUACUGAGAUUCCAGGCAUGGGCCACCAUAUCCAGUUUAUGUGGUCCCUAAAAUUAAUGGGGCCUUUGAGCCUGCUCAGCCAGCUCCACCUUGAAUAUGGUGCUGAACAUGAAGUUUGUUAAGUUCUACAACCAAACCCAGCUUGAGUACUUUAUCAUGGCCUUUUUUUUUUGUUUGGUUUGGUUUUGUUUUUUUUUUGAGACAGAGUUUCUCUGUGUAGCUUUGCGCCUUUCCUGGAACUCACUCUAUAGCCCAGGCUGGCCUGAACUCACAGAGAUCUGCCUGGCCAACUUUGGAAUUUUUUAUUUGUUUGUUUUGAAGUCUGUGGGUCACUGUGUCACUGUGGUUCACAUUGGCCUUAUACUUGAGAUAAUCCUCAGUGCAUAAUGGCAAAUAUUAAACUUAACAUUUUUUUCAAAUGUUA